AUGAAUGCCGGUGAGCAGUCGAUUCUUAUCGUGGACACUGAGAAAGUUUUGAGGUCGCUUCAUGGGUGUCCUCCUCUCACUUUCGCUUUGGACCUCGCCGUAUCGGCACAGGUCUAUGCUGAGAAACUGGCUGGUUUGGGGACGAUUCGGCACAGUGGGUACAGUGAUGUUGGCGAGAACUUGGCUUUAAGUCUGGGGCCUAGUCAAAGUACUGAUUUCUCCGGUGUUAUGGUUACGCUUUUGUGGUACAAUGAGAUAUCAGAUUAUGAAUUUACGGGUGUGGACCAAAUUUCAUGCGGGCAUUUCUCGCAAGUAGUUUGGAAAGAGACAAAGUCGAUUGGCAUGGGACUUGCAAGGACCGAGGAUGGACAGGUGAUAGUGGCUGUGGCGCAUUACAGACCCCCCGGAAAUGUCUCAGGCCAGUGGGCAGCUAACGUGCCUUAUCCGGUGCAAGGAACAGCCCAUUCACCCACUGCGGAGGAACUGUGUACGUUUACGGUGCAACUGGAUGAAGUGGCGAAGGAACUAGCAAGAGAGUUAAAGUGUGGCUUAAUCAAGAAAAUUCAGCCAGGGUACGUAUUUGGCAAACCUGUUCGACACUACUCGGAGUGUUCCCGUCUCCUCGAUAAGAACGGUAAUCUACGAAAGAUUGACCGUUUUUGGAAAGUACCUCGAAGCAAUUUAUGA